AUUACAGUAUUAAUUUAUAAAAAUUGAAAACUUGCAACGACGCUAAUAUUGAUAAUGGCGGAAGAAAAUGUCUACGAGAAUCCGGCGAAUCCAAGACAAGCCCCGACCGGAGGUAGAGGAAAUCCCAGGCAUCAGGUCGUUGACAUGGGAAAUGAAGGCGAAGUUUAUGUCAAUGAACGAGCUGUUGAUGUUGCCGAAGGAGAAGAAGGUGCACGUGUAAAUGACUCGGCCAUUAUGAGAGAUGUCGGAUCGAUUGACUCUCAGAAGUCCAUUCUAUCAGACAAACCUUCCCGCCAAAAAUUGAAACGAGAUGCUUUGGCCGAAAAGAAGCGGGAAAAACGAGAGAAAAAAUUCGAGAGAGAAAGAAAAAAGAGAGAAAAGAAAAACUUUAUGGAACAAUUGGAAAUGAAAUUUGGAAAAUUUACUGCAAAAAUCGGUUGGAGAGCAACAUUGGCAUUCAUGGUUUUCAUCUUCUCAAUAGCUGUUGUGUCCUGUGUAUUUGUUGUUUUCGUUUACUUGGGGGGAAAGGUCGAGAAACCGGAUCCAGAGUUUGUUAAAGGUAUGUUUGUUGUUGAAUAG